CUUUGGUAGCUAGUCUCUUUGGUUUUACUGGUCAGCUGAUGUGUCAAAAAAUAUUUGAGCAGUGAACUCGGAAAUGGCAAGGAUGGAGCUUGCACCGCUCAGACCAUGGGAUGACUUCUUCCCAGGAGCUGAUCGUUUUGCCAAACCCGAUUUCGGAGAUUUAACUAAAUGGAACAACAGGGUAAUCAGCAACUUGUUAUACUAUCAGACCAAUUACUUCGCAGUGGCCAUCGUGGUUUUCCUGAUCGUGGGAUUUCUGAACCCUCUUGGCAUGUUUCUGGGAGGGGCAGUGGUUUCUCUGGUCUUCAUGGUUUCGGUGUGGGCGGGAGAGAACAAGAAUUUCAUCAAGAACUUCAAGAAGAAGAACCCCACCCUGUUUGUCAUCGCUGUCAUGGGAACAAGCUACUUCCUGCUGUCACUAUGUGGUGGAGUGAUGGUCUUCAUCUUUGGAAUUACUUUUCCCUUGCUGUUGAUCCUGGUCCAUGCAUCUCUGAGGCUGCGCAACAUGAAGAACAGGCUGGAGAAUAAGAUCGAGGGAGUGGGCAUGAAGAAGUCCCCAAUGGGCAUCAUCCUGGAUCUGCUAGACCAACAGGAGGAGAAGAUCAACAAGAUCCAGGACUUCCUGGAGUCCAAGCUAAACAAGGAGUGAGGGGGGAGAGAGCCAAAAUGGCACCCUCAUUCAAUUCAACAUGGUUUGCUUUUUCCUUUAACACUAAAAUCAAGCGUUGAUUUUUACCCCGCAUAAUGUCAGUGGUGUCACAUUCUCCUUAUUUGUCAUUCUCACUCAAUUUUGUUAUAUUGAAUGAACACCUUUAUACAUUUUGUGUCAAAGUACCUGAUUUCUUUAGAGCAUUUCAGAAAGAUUUGUACAGUCCUGUAUGGAUCAUAUGUUUGGGGAAGGCACUCUGCACAAUGAAAUGAGGCAUGAGCAUACCUGUAUAUUUGCCCAUUAAUGUUCAAAGUAACACGCAAUACACAUGUUGUCAUUAUGUAAUUGCAAUACAUAUCCUGGCACAUUUUACUCUGUCGAACUUGACAAAAUAAAGCUGCGUGCCAGAAUGCAAUAACUAUUGCACGUUAAAACAA